GAGAGACGCGCACCGGGGCCGGUGUCGGGACCUGGGGUCGGCGCCAUGGAGGAGCCGAGUUGCGGAGCUCAGUUCCGCGCUGCCGUUCAGGUUAUCCAGGGCUUGCCCCGGAGCGGUUCGUACCGACCCUCCUAUGAGGAGAUGCUGCGUUUCUACAGCUACUACAAGCAGGCGACGGCGGGACGCUGCCAAGGCCCGAGGCCCGGCUUCUGGGACCCCAUCGGCCGGUACAAGUGGGAUGCCUGGCACAGCCUGGGGAGGAUGUCCAAGGAGGAGGCGAUGGCGGCUUACGUGGCUGAGAUGAAGAAAGUGGCUCAAAAGAUCAUCGACACGGUGCCCAUGGAUGAGACGACGGAGGAGAUGUUUGGGUACUUUGAGCCGCUCUAUGAGGUGAUCCAUGACAUGCCCCGGCCCCCCGAGGCCUUCUUCAAGAGGAAGGGGGGCAGUCAGGAGUGCACAGCUGACCCCAGCCAGGACAACUCAGUGAGCAGCCCAGGUCUGGAGAGCCCCGAAGAGGCCCUGCCUGGGGAGCAGCGGAACGGGCAGCACGUGCCAGGAGGUGGGCUGGCUCCUGCCACCGAGGCACUUGAGGGUAGCCAGGUGACCAGUGACUCCGAGGGGGAUGUGUACUGCGAUACCCUGGAGCAGAUGGAGCGUGAGCAGGCUGGGCAGCCGCUGGGUCUCUCCCCGAACGGUAUCUGGGCCGGGCCUGAGCCUCCAGUGCCCCACGGUGCUGGGCAGGGGGAGCGGGCUGAAGGCAGAAGACUAGAGGGGAGGAGCAGCGCUGGCCUCACAGCCCUUGGCUCCGAGAGAGAUCCCUGGCUCACCAGGGAAGAGGAGGACACUGAGAGCGCCCCUGAGCUCACCCACCGGCUGCCACUGGAGCUGGAGGUCCAUGUGGCCAGUGCUGUCCAAGCACUGCAGGACGACAUGCGGCGAGUGCUGGAGCGCCUGAGCGAGCUGGAGACGCUCACCUCUGCGCAGGGGGAUACAGCUGGGACCAACCAUGACCAGCCUCUCACUCCACAGGCACCAUCCCCGUGGCCCCUGACUGUCUCCCCACGCACCCUCCUCUUCCUCGUCACCUGGCCCUUUGUCACCCAGUGGCUGCUGCGACGCUGGCAGGGCAGGAAGAGGUGACCGAUGCAUCCCUGCUGCCACUGCUGGCCCCGAGAUGGGGCGCGGGAUGGCCCCGCUGGGCUGCCACCACCCCUCCUUCCCCAUCCUGCUUAGCACAAGCCGGGGAAGCGCCACGGGAUCAACGAGGGAAUCGCCUCACCCAGCCACGGGGUCUCCUGCGGGCCGGGACCCCAGCCCCGAGGGAGGGGCAGCCACCGUGCACCGCCGACUGCCACCGUCACUCUCAGGGUCUCACCAGCACCGCCAGGACAGCAAAGGGACCACGGAGCCAGCCGUGGGGUGUGGGAUCACCCCUUGCACCUCAAAACGGGAUCCCAUGGGAUCCCCUCGCUACCGCACACAGACAGACAGGCUGCCCACCAGCGCUGCCGCCCCGGUGCUGGGUGUGUGGGGGGACGCAGCCACCAGUUCCACAAAGUGCUCGACCAUCUGCACCUGCCUGAAUUAAAGUUGCCUUUUCAGCCCA